AAUAAAGUUUGUUUAGUAUGUUGAAUGUUUAGUUUUGUUUAUAAAAUCUAUUCUUGGCCGCAUACAAAAAAGAAAAAAUCUUUUUCAGUUUGUUUGAUCUUUAUUUUUAGUUUAGUUAGCACGAAAUUAAACGGAUAAACGCCUCAUCUAGUCGUGUUAUAUAUCGAAUCCUAUAUUUUAAUUGAACUUGCCUUUGCCCAAGUUAUUUUUAUCCCACUAUUUGCAUUCUGGCAAAAAGAUAAUAUCUAAGACUUUCCUUUGAUCUUUUCCCAAGUUUUUCAGUGCUCUUUAGGCGAUAAUGAUCGUCAGUUGAUAUGUGGAAACCUAUUGGAUUCAAGAUAUGGUUUUGGCUGGUUACUGUGGUAUUACCUCUAGGACGAAGUGCUCAUUCUACAACCUCCGGCCACCCUGUGACCAUCCUAUUCUCAACUACAAAGGAAAUCAAAGUCAUAACAUCUACAUUUUCUGGCAAAAACCAGAAAGUUAAGGCUACAACUAUCAUCAAAAACUUUACAUAUAUUCCCUCAAUAGAUUUUCAUUUUGAACAGAAGAAAAUCUGCUGGGCAGAUCAUGACUUGGAGGAAAUACAGUGCUGUCAUUAUGACCAGGGUGUGGUGGAAAAUAAGACUGAAAUAGUAAAUGGAAUUCAAGUACCAGAUGGGUUAGCCAUUGAUUGGUACACUGACAAUAUUUAUUGGACAGCCAGUGAGACAAAUAGAAUAGAGGUUGCUAGUUUAGAAGGGAAGCACAGAAAAGUUCUUUUUUGGACUGAUAUUGAUCAACCGCGUGCCAUUGUUGUUGUGCCUAUGAGAGGUUUAUUAUUUUGGACUGAUUGGGGUGAAGUCCCAAAAAUUGAACGUGCUGGAAUGAACGGUGAUCCUAAAACCCGUAAAGUGAUUGUUUCUGAAAAUAUUUAUUGGCCCAAUGGGCUUUCUGUUGAUUAUGAGGCUGAAAGAAUAUACUGGAUUGAUGGGAAGUUGCUCACUAUUAAGUCCAUGGAUUAUGAUGGCAAAAACAGCACCUUAAUCUUACAACGGGCUUCAGAUUACCCUUACGCCCUAACUCAAUCAGCCAACAAAUUAUUCUGGACCGACUGGAAAACUGUUUCCAUUCAUGACUUUCCUAAAAAUGCGACGGCUCAACGCCCUUCCGAAUUCUUUAUGACCAGCCAUCCCAUGGAUAUCAAAGUGUUUGAUAAAACUAGACAACCGAAGGGACCCCACGCUUGUGAAGGCAACGGGGGUUGCUCACAUUUAUGCUUAUUGGCCCCAGAACCCCCUUAUUUUACCUGCGCCUGCCCAAUGGGGGUAAAAUUAAUCGAUAACAAAACUUGCGCCCCGGAGCCGCAAGAACUAUUAUUGGUUGCAAGGAGAUCGGAUAUUUGUCUAAUUUACUUAGAUUCGCCAGACUAUAGUCAUAAAGUGAUACCGCUGACUAAUGUCAAGUAUUCGAUAGCCGUCGAUUUUGAUCCGGUGGAUCAUUUUAUUUAUUGGUCCGAUGACGAGGUGAUGAAGAUCCAACGGGCCAGGCUGAACGGAAGCGAUCAGCAGGACGUUAUAACGUUAGAGAUUCAAGAUCCAAAUGGCAUUGCUGUUGAUUGGAUAUCCAGGAAUAUUUACUGGACCGAUACGGGAACUGACAGGAUCGAAGUGGCACGAUUGGAGUACGGGUUUCGUAAAGUAAUAAUUGGCGAUGGUUUAAUUGAUCCAAGGGGAAUAGCGGUCGCGUCCGAAUUAGGCUGGUUAUUUUGGUCGGAUUGGAACGAAAAAGAUCCAAAGAUCGAGCGAGCCAAUUUGGAUGGGUCCGAAAGGGUCUUUGUUGUGCAUAAGGAUCUUGGUUGGCCUAAUGGCGUCACUCUAGAUUUAAUAAAUGAGAAAAUCUACUGGUGCGACGCAAAGUCUGAUAAAAUCGAAUACGCCAAUUUUGAUGGAUCUAAGAGGAGGAUAUUAAUUACGGAAAAUUUGCCGCAUCCGUUUGGCUUUAGUCUUAUGGGUGAUUAUUUAUAUUGGACCGAUUGGCAACGUAGGACUAUCGAUAGGGCACAAAAAGACACCGGAUCAAACCGAUUAUCGAUUGUGGACAACAUGGAAAGCGUGAUGGGCGUAAAAGCAAUAAAUCUUGGUCCUACAUCUGGCUGGAACCCGUGCAAAGAUAACAACGGCAAUUGCAGUCAGUUAUGUUUACAUCGAUUUAAUAAAACACGAGUUUGCGCCUGCGAAAUCGACUUUGAACUGGCCAAAGAUAGACAAAAUUGCGUUAAACCAGAGGCGUUUCUAUUGUACACUAAGAAUGACAGUAUCGGGAGGAUUAGUAUUGAAAACGAACCAAUAGAAACUGAUUUGUUUGUACCUAAUAUUAGGCAUGCUAGUUCAAUCGAUUUUGACGUAAACUCAAGAAGGAUCUACUGGAGCGAUAGCAAAUUAAAAACCAUUAUGCGAGCAUAUAUCAAUGGCUCUGGACCCCAAAAAGUAAUCGACUUAGGUCUGGCGUACCCUGAGGGAAUUGCUGUUGAUUGGCUAGGGCUAAAUAUCUACUGGACAGACCCAUUUUCGCGUAGAAUUGAAGUAUCUAGGUUAGUAGGUACGUCCAGGCGAACCCUAAUUUGGAAUACACUCAAUGAACCUCACAGUAUUGUUUUGGAUCCGGUUUCUGGGUAUAUGUAUUGGUCGGAGUGGGGACAAUCAAAUCUCAUUAACAAGGCGGAGAUGAACGGGGGAAAGUCGCGGAAACUGUUUUCUACCAUCGGAAAAGCCAAUGGACUCACCUUGGAUUAUGAAAAAAGACGGCUCUACUGGAUUGAAAUCGAUGCACCGGCCAUUUGGUCCUCGGACCUCGACGGAAACGACAAAAAAAUUAUCGUGAAAGACGAGAAUCUCACGCCUCUUGGUCUCGCCUUGUACAAGGAAUAUAUUUAUUGGAGCGACGAAAAAACUGCUGAUAUAUACAGGGCAUCCAAACUGGACGGUUCUGGCCGCACCAGAAUCACCACUUUAUCGGAAAAUGUGACCGAUUUAUUGAUUUAUCACCAUUCGACCAAACAGAAUCAGACGAAUCAAUGCGCGACGAGUAACGGCGGAUGUUCGAACUUGUGUUUAGCUUUGCCGGCCAAUAGUCCAGCGGAGCAUACAAGAUACACCUGCGGUUGUCCGACUCAUUAUAAUUUGGAGAAGAACAGAUGUACCGCACCAGUAAAAUUCAUGAUCUACAGUCUGAAAAAUCUAAUUGUCCGCCUAGUUCCGGAUACGUCCGAUUGUCCCGAAGCUGUACUGCCCGUACAAGGAAUGAAAGCUGUAAAAGCCAUCGAUUUCGAUUUAAAAAAUAACCAUUUGUAUUGGAUCGAUGGUAAAAUCCAGGCAAUUAAGUCAGCGAAAAUGCUUGAACCUUCACCCACAGCAACCAUUUUCGUUUCUAGCGGUCAGGAUAUCAAACCGUACGAUAUUGCAGUGGAUUCGGUGGGUCGGUUAUUGUUUUGGACGUGUGCGCAUCAGAAUGUGAUUAAUGUAACUAGACUAGACAAUAACAUUCCUUUUGGCAGUAUUAAAGGCAGAGAAGGAGAGAAACCAAGAUUAAUUGUGAUACAUGUCACGAAGAGGCUCUUAUUCUACACCGACGUUGGUUCUCAGCACCAGUUGAUAAGGACCAGGCUUGACGGUUCUCAUAGGAUAUUUAUUACGAAAGCGGACGAUAUAGCAGCCAUAGCAGUUGAUAUAGAUAAUGAUUCUAUCGUAUGGUCUCAAGGACAUAGUAUUUAUAUUAGCAAUAUUGAUGGAGAAAACAAGCAUGUAGUGGUAAAUGAAAGCAACAACAAAAUAACCCAUUUAACCGUUCACGACGGUUGGCUCUACUGGAUCGAUCGGGAUUUAAACGAAUUGCAAAGGUUGGAAUUAACAACCGGGAAAUCCAGAUCUACUUUGGGCAUUCAAGCCGCGCAUAUUGUCGAUUUAAUUUCCGUUCAGGAUCACGGAAAUCAUUCUUGUGCCGAUCAGAAAAGGUGUUCGCACUUUUGUAUAUUGAAUGGCACCCUACCACAGUGCGCUUGCCCCUUCAACAAAAUGCUCCAAGAAGACAAACGAUCUUGUCAAACAAUUCCGAAUUGUGGUCCAGAGAGGUUUUCUUGUAUGGUGGCCUCUUCGGACACUAAAAAUUGUAUUCCUAUAUCAUGGAGGUGUGACAGACAAAAAGAUUGUUCUGAUGGUAGCGAUGAAUUGGAUUGUCCCACCUGCCAACCCAAUCAAUUUCGUUGCCAAAAUGGUCAAUGUAUCGAUAAAAGUGCCGUUUGUAACAAUUUGCCGAAUUGCGCAGAUGAAUCUGAUGAAAAAAACUGUUGCGAGGAUGGGUUCCGAUGUCCGCAAACCGAUGUUUGUCUUCCCGCCUCAGCUAAAUGUGAUAGUAUAGAACAUUGCCCGGACGGCUCCGACGAGCGCGAUUGCAAAUCCGCAGUGUCUACUACGACGAUUUGCUUCUUUGCGGUUAUCUCCAUUUUAUUAAUCUUGGUCGGAUUGAUUAUGAUCUUCCACUUUAAAGAUCGCUGCAGUCCUGUAAAAGGCCACAUUUCUACAGAGCCCCCUGAAGACAGUUUGAGUCCGUUGGAUCCCAAUGGACAAAAUAAGAACCAUAAAAUCAGAAAAGGGGCCGGUAUCCCGGAUGUGGUGCGAAUGUCCAUGCUUAACGAGGGUUACCCUUCUACAUACGACCGUCGUCAUGUGACUGGUGCGUCGAGCAGUUCAAAUACGAAUGGCAGCAGUAGCGGAGUGGGUUAUCCGAGGGAGACGCUGAAUCCCCCUCCUAGUCCGGCUACUAGCGCCACCACGACGGCAGCUAGUACUAGGGCCAGUAGUCCGGGCACUAGGUAUAAGCCCUAUAGGCACUAUAGGUCAAUAAACCAACCUCCGCCGCCCACCCCCAACUCCACGGAUGUGUGCGACGAGAGUGACUACAACUAUCCCCUAAACCGAGGCAGGUACGAAGGGGAACCGUUUCCUCCGCCACCCACUCCCCGUUCCCAUUACAAUCAGGAAAGUUGUCCCCCGAGUCCCAGUUCGAGGAGCUCGACGUACUUUAGUCCGUUGCCUCCACCACCGAGCCCGGUGGCAAGUCCCAGGCACGAUUCGGAUUCCUGAAAGAAUCUGCUCGAACCACUUUCUGUAGGUGGUGAUGGAAACUGUCUUCCCUUGGUAAUUAUCUGGAGAGUUUUCCUAUCGAGGGGCCUCAAGCCAAGUUACCGUAACUUAGUGCUUCUUUAACAUCCAACUGUACAUAUUUUUUUCUUUUAAGCUAUUUAUAUACAGAAUUUAUGUAUCGGGUGUCUCACUAAAAAUGACCCUCAGCAUUUUCGGCUUGGUAUUAGCUGUAUGCGGAGAAACAAAAUUGUUACCAAAGAGAACUUCAAUUUGUUUAUUCGCCAUAGAAGUUGCACCCUCUAGAGGCGGUUGUACGAACUUGAAAAUUAUUUGCAGCAAUUUCUCAUGGCCUCUUUGAUGAUGAAUGUUCGUUUCCGCACGCUAUACCACCAAUCCUUUCUGAGAACCAUUCUUAGUGGGACACCUGGCUUAUAUGGUUUCCCAAACAGGAUGAUAUUUAGUAUCUAUAAUAAGAAUUUACACAUUGAAAUGCAAUUUCUUUUUUAAUAUUAAUGAAUGUAGGUUUAAUGUUAGCUACGUUUAUGCCGCAAUUUUGGGUAGUAAGGUAUAUAAAGUGGCAUUCAAAUUUAUUUAUUAAUGUAUAUGUUACUGUGAAAGAAAUAUGAACUUAAAUCUUUAACGAUACCUUUUGUUAUAUUUAGUCGUCUAAAUAGACGGAGCCUAGCUCGUUUAUUAUAGGGGGUGGAAAAAACUUUAAAUAUAAAAGUUGUGGAGGUUACCUUGAAUCGCGAGGAAAUGUUCUAAUAUAUAAUACAGGUGUAUCGCAAACUUAUUCAAAAAACAAAGUUUGUAUUUUUUAAAUGGAACACCUUGUAUAUUUGCAUAUUAAAUGAAAAACCUUUUGCUUCUGAUUUCAAAAAAAUAUAAUAUGUUAAUAUUUGGUUUAAUAUGGAAAUAAACUCAGGAUGUUUGUUCUUCAUUUAAGUAGUUUAUACUUUUUUGGAUUCUUUCUCAUAAAUCCUCCAAAUUUUGACUUUUUUCAUUUUUUAGAUACCCCCAUUGGAGACUUUGGGGUUUUCUAACGGAGUCAGAUCCGGGCUAUUUGGUGGUCAGUUAAUUAAAUCAUGAGUUCCAAACGAAUAUUUAAAAAAAUUCUUAGUGGCAUAAAGUUAUAAGGAGGUGCGUUAUCUUGAAGCCAUAGAAUAUUGGUAUAUUUUCUAAGCGAAAUUUAUUCCAACAAACCUUCAAUUUCGCUUUCAAAAACUGGAGGUAUCUAUUUUUAAUCAGGAUCCUUGAAAUCCUUGAAAUAUAGGUUCAAUUAUUCGGUUUCUAAGGAUACCAUACCAUUCAUUUAAUGACAUCCUGCAAUAGCUUUUUAUUUCGACAUACGCGUGAGGAUUUUCUGGUGAUCACAAAUGAGUAUUUCUUCGAUUCCACAUCUCUGCUGUGAUAAACACGGCUUUGUCGCUCCACAAUAUCUUAUUAAAUAUAUCGUUAUCUCUGUUUUUCAUAUCAUUACGAUAAGCUAGUCUUUUAAUUUCAUGGUUAUCUGUUAAUUUUUGUACUGACAUCAUUUUGUAAGGCUGAUAUCCAUAUUUAACGGUUGUUAAAUUAAGGGUUUUCUAAAAAUAUUAGAGCAGAAAUUAUAAAUCUGAAAAGGUUCUUAAAUAUAAAUUGACUUUUGAAUUGUCGUUCUUCGUCUAUGUAAUAAAAAGUGGACCUAGCAGGAACUCUCAUUUCUAGAUGAAUGAUAUUCAGCUUGCGCUUGAGGAACAUUAUUAUGGUCUUAGUAAAAUAGCCUAAUAAUUUAAAUCUUUUCUUCUUCCCAUAGUAUAACCCAUAUUUAAAAUAUAGAAAAAAAAUUAACAGUGAUAGCCCAACAAAUAACUUUAUUUCCCUCAUUAUUAACGACGAACAUCAUAGUAACGGAGAUUUGGUUAAAUAUUUUUUUUGCUAAAAUUUAAAUAUUUGGAGAAUUGCUAAAUCAAGCAUUAAUAUAUUAUAUAUUUUUGAUUAUCAAAAGAAGGUCUUUCAUUUAAUAUAUAAAAACAAGGUGUUCCGUUUAAAAAAUAAAACUUUGUAUUUUUUAUUAACUUACCCUGUGUAGUGCGAUUUAAGGUAAACGCUUUAAUUUUUAUAUUUAAAGUUUUUCCCACUAUCGAUAAUAACCAACUAAAUAUAAGGAACAAUCCUGUACGUGCGCCCAAAACAAUAUCAUAAUUUACAUUUCGUCGAUGUGUCGCCCUAUAUCCUUAAAUUCGUUGCUAACUUAACACUUAUUAUCCAGUAAAAAUCGAUCUAAUUUUUACAAAUGAGUUGUAAAAACAUUAAAAACCUUUAAAAAAAUUAAGUUUGGGAGACCCUCAACCUCGCGGGUACAUUUGGUGAAAAUCUUCAAAACGUUAACCGCUCUACCCACAAUAUGCUGUAUUUUGACUUACUCAACCGAAUUUGGCAGCAUCGACGUUUCGUUUACCUCAUUAGCCAUUAAGUCAAUUUAAUUUAAAUUAGGUUAAGCGUAAGGCAUCUCAAAUUAGUGCAAUUUAUUAAUAAAAAUUUUGUUUUCGUCUUCGUAAAGUUCAUAAGUAAGACGUUUAACUCGGGGCUUUACCAUGCUGCUUUCGCACACCAAUAUUUUUCUCGUUAAGACGAAAAUAAUAAAAUGGCACAAAAUAAGACAAUAUUUUGAAAAUAACCUGUUUAGGUCCCGAAUAAAAAUGUCAUUUUUUUUUUAAUAAUUAAUGUGAUACCUUUAUUAGAUCUAGACUUUUAGUUAUUGAUAGAAAAAGAGUCGCAAGCUUUAAAUAUAUUCACCAUUUAAUGUGCCUAUUAUAUUAUUAUGAACUUGUAUAUAAUGAUGACUUUUUUACUGUAUAGACUGUUUUUACUCAAAUUAGGUUUAGUAAUCGGUAAUAAAAUAUAUAAAUAUUUUUAUA